AUGCCAGAAUUAGCCUUCUCCUGCUGUUUAUUUUCUUGUAUCCUUUACAACGCUCUUCUUCUUCUUCUUCUUCUUCUUCUUCUUCUUCUUCUUCUUCUUCUUCUUAUUCUUCAAUUGAUUCUUUCUUUCUUUCAUUCAUUCAUUCUUUUUUGCUUAUUUCAUUCUUUCUUUCUAUCAUUCACUCUUUUUUCUUUUCUUUUUCUUUCAAUAAUUCUUUCUUUCUUUUUCAUUAUUUCCUUUUUCUUUCUUUCGUUCGUUCUUUUUUCUUUCUUUCUUUCAAUCAUUCUUUUAUUUUCUUUGUUGCUUUUUUCUCUCCUUUUUCUUUCUUUCUCCCAUUGUUUUUUUUUCGUUUAUUCUUUGUUUCUUUCUUUCAUCCAUUCUUUUUUCUUUCUUUCCUUUUUCUUUCAUUCAUUUUUUUUCUUUCUUUCUUUCAAUAAUUCUUUCUUUUCUUUUCAUUUUUUUCUUCCUUUUUUUCUUCGUUCUUUUUUUUUUUUUUUUCAUUCAUUCAUUCCUUUUUCUUUUUCUUUAUUUCAUUCUUUCUUUCAUUCAUUCUUUUUUUCUCUCAAUCAUUCUUUCUUUCUUUUCUCUCUUUCUUUCUUCUUCCUUUCUUUUUUCGUUCUUUCUUUUUUCUUUCUUGAAGUAGCCACGACGCGAAUGAGUCCGAACUUUUAUUGUCGAUAA